GGCACAGUUGGUCGCCGAAUUUUGUGAAUAGAACGUGGUCGCGCCCAGAGAAGCGGAUCGAAAACGGCUUUUUCGAAAUCGAAAUCAUCGCUCGGUCUGUGUUUAAAAAUAUCACUCAUACGCACCGAGGGAAAGAGUGAACACAAAAGUGAGAGUGCAUUGAUAUUCUGUCUGGAAUUCUGUCCGUAAAUCAAAAAAACUUAAUUUUCCCUAUCGAGAAUAUAUAAUAAAGUUAUACCUUCUUGGCAGAUAUAUAACGCCUGCCAGCAGCUCAUUAAUUUAUAAAUAAAUGUAUUAAAUAUAUUUUCGACAAGAUCUGGCGUGAGUGAGUUGGGCGAGCAGAAGUAGCAUCGAUAAAAAGCUCCCCAAGGAAUUCAUUUUAACGUGAAAACAAAUUGGUGAUUUAGUACGAACGAAUUCGCAGCCGCCCAGAAUAUUGGCCAGGUAGUGAUGUGAAAUAUCUACAAAUUAAUUAAUUUCAUCGAGAAUCCCUUGGGCCGUCGGCCCUGGCAUUGAUUGUCGACAAUCCCAUCCUUCUCGUAUCUCGAGAUGUGCAAAUUAUUCGAGGCAUGGGAAUAAGCGAAUCUUUUGCGGAAUUUGUCGCGAACACACACGAGUUGUAAAUUAAAUUCCCAAGCUUAAAGUGCCAGAAAGGACAGCUAAAAGCGAGGACAAAGGACACGGUCGCAGGUGACCUGUGACCAGAGACGACAACAAUAACAAGUAUACGCCCUGUGACCGGAGGAUUGAUGUUCGUGCAAAAGUUUCACGGCAUCUGCUUAAAUGUUACGCUCACUCAGCGACUUUUAGGGGAAAGGGGAACGUAGAUCCUGCUGGAAAUCGAGAAGGGGAAGCCAUGAGUGGUGCAGCGGCCAGAUUGCUGCUCCGGCUGGAGAUGCCCUCGCCCGGGGUGAUGCCGCCGCCGCCCACCGAAUACGAUUAUGGGCCGAUCAGCGAAGACGAUUUCCUGGCCAGCGCCACGGCCACCGUGAUGCCGACGGUGCGCUACGAGCUGUUCCCCCUGAACACCACCAGCUCCUCUACCGUGGCCACUAUCUUAACGCACCACCAGUUCAACCACACCGACGUUCAAACGGAUCUGCUGUAUCCGCACUACGACGACCUGGGCCUGGAUCCGGAUCCAAACUGGACGCGAAUCUGCGAGGAUGUCUAUAACCCGAAUCUGGAGAAUACAAAAAUCGAAUUCUGGGUGUGCGGCGUGCUCAUCAAUAUCGUAGGACUGCUGGGCAUCCUGGGCAACAUCAUAUCGAUGAUUAUACUUUCCCGGCCUCAGAUGCGAUCCAGCAUUAACUAUCUGCUAACCGGACUGGCUCGCUGCGAUACGGUGCUGAUUCUGACCUCCAUCCUGCUGUUUGGAAUACCCUCGAUAUACCCGUACACAGGACACUUUUUCGGCUACUACAACUACGUGUAUCCAUUCAUAUCGCCGGCGGUGUUUCCCAUCGGCAUGAUUGCCCAGACGGCCAGCAUCUACAUGACCUUCACGGUCACCCUGGAGCGGUAUGUGGCCGUCUGCCAUCCGCUGAGGGCCCGGGCGCUCUGUACUUACGGCCGGGCCAAGAUCUACUUUAUAGUGUGCGUGUGCUUCUCCCUGGCCUACAAUAUGCCGCGAUUCUGGGAGGUGCUGACGGUGACCUAUCCGGUACCGGAGACAGAUGUUAUCCUGCACUGCGUGCGACCUUCGCGAUUAAGGCGAUCGGAGACCUACAUCAACAUAUACAUACACUGGUGCUACCUGAUCGUGAACUACAUAAUUCCGUUCCUGACGCUGGCGAUAUUGAACUGCCUGAUCUACCGGCAGGUGAAGAGGGCGAACCGGGAACGGCAGAGGCUGUCGAGGUCGGAGAAGAGGGAGAUCGGUCUGGCCACCAUGCUGCUCUGUGUGGUGGUGGUCUUCUUCAUGCUGAACUUCCUGCCACUGGUGCUCAAUAUAUCGGAGGCCUUCUACAGCACCAUCGAUCACAAGCUGACCAAGAUCUCCAACCUGCUGAUCACCAUCAAUAGCAGCGUCAACUUCCUCAUCUACAUCAUCUUCGGCGAAAAGUUCAAGCGCAUUUUUUUACUCAUUUUUUUCAAGCGGCGUCUGAGUCGUGACCAGCCGGAUCUCAUCCACUACGAGAGCUCCAUAUCGAACAACGGGGAUGGCACACUGACCCACCGGUCCUCCGGCCGCUUCUCCCGCCACGGCACCCAGCGCAGCACCACCACGACCUACCUGGUGGCCACCGGCGGGGGCGUCGGGCCCGGCGGGUGCGCUGGUGGCGUUGGCAAUAGCUCUCUGAACAACGUCCGGCUGACGCAGGUCUCCGGUUCCCCGGGUCUGGUCAAGAUCAAGCGGAACCGAGCCCCGUCGCCGGGUCCGGUGGUCUACUUUCCGGCCCGUGAGAUGCAGCGAUCCGCCUCGACGACCACUAAUUCGGCCACCAAUAACAACACAUCCAUCGGAUAUGACUGGACGCUGCCGGAUGGCAAGAAACUGGGGCACGUCUCCUCCGGAUUUUGAGGCUACUCUGGAGGGUAGGGAAGGUGCUAAUCUAGUCCGAUAGUCAUGUAAGAAGCGAGAUGCAGAGGUUAAAAUAAUAGUGGUAUUAGCAGCUCCAUGUUCUGAGAGAGAUAUGUAAUUACUCCUUGUUAGUCCUGCUAAUCCUUUUGUUAUUUUAACCUCUGAUAUUACUAUAAUGUUUACCUGUACAGAAGGCAUCAACUAAGCGCUCCAAGCGUUGCGUUACUUUGUGAUAAGCGUUAAGUGUUUCCUUCCCCGAUUUCUCUUCUCUUACUCCUCGAAAACUUUACUCGUUGAUAUAGACUCUAAGGAAAACAAAUAAAAACUCUAGAUCAGGCUAAAGAACACUCAAUUAUCCGACUGAGAACUCUUUUUCAUUUUUCGUCCUGUCCAAUCAAUUGAACUUGUACAAUUUUUCACAAAAUUAGUCAGCAAAAGUUUCAUGAACUGACACUGAAAGUUGCUACCCAAUAUCGUUUUGACUUUCCAGUGGCCUUUGGCCAAAGUUUUAUUUAUUAGCGUAAACUUUGCUGCUGCCUUUAAUUAAAUAUCCUUUACAAAGCAUUUCACUGAAUGAUUUUCCUUUUCAUUUUGGUGAGUUUUUUUUUUUGGGGUUUUUUUCCAUUGAACUUUUCGGAGUGCGGAAAAGGACUUUGGACCUCGGUCCUAGGCCUUUCAAUCUGUCAACUUGUCAGAAAGUUUUUCCAAGUUCAGCUCAAAAGUUUUCGCCACCAU